AUGAUACGUGACAAGGAAUCGCCCCCAAAAGGCUUGGUACAAAAGAGGCGUGAACAGUUCAAUAACACCAUAACAGCUGAUGAGUAUCGCCCUGUACGAUCUCGUUCAGUGCCGAUUUCCGCCGUCAUUCUGAAUGCCCAACAACCAUCGCGCAGUACCGAGGGAAACUUCAGCCCAACGAGGAAGGUGCAAAUCGAUCGAAUUCGUUAUGAUUUUCGAGCACCGGCUGAUAUCCUUCGACGAACUCCUGAAGAUCGUAUAGGAGACGAAUGCUGUGAGACAACUACAACUACAGAACGUCUGAGUGACGGCGAUAAGCGAACGGUUCGAGUAAUUCGUGAAGUCGGCGACAACAGUGGUCGCCGCAUGACGCAACCGAUUUCACGAACGGCAGCUCGUAUCGCAUCACAUUCAGCUCCUCGUGGAUUUCCUAUCGUCACGGUGAGCGUGGCGGACCCUCAUACAAGAAGGCGAUCAUUGGGCGAGCUUCAUCAGCCAGCUGUAGUGCAAGUUCGCGAUAAUGUGGGAUCAACUGUGAUUCCAGUGACACGUUCAUCACAUACAACACCAGAACGCUCCUCUUCUCCGACGAAAAGGAUAUCGUCACGCCCCAGUAGUCGCCGAGCAGUUCAAGUAGAACUGUACGACUCGGCUUCGCUCACAAUUCCACCUCCCACAGAUCGUCAUCGCUUCGAUAAUCACUCCAGCGCAUCCACUCCUAUUCUUUGGUCCCCAGUAUCACGUCCUCUGGAGGAUGUGGAGGUGACGGCGAAUAGGCGUGAGGUCGAUGUCGAAAAAGAGAUCACGAGACGAGAGCGCGAGCUGAAUCUUGCGAAAGACACGAUAAAGAAGGUGAUUUGUUUUUCUUACAGGAACAAGUUGCCUUAG